GCAUCUGUUCCCUCCGCCGCCGGCCUUGGUCUCUGGACGAUCCCAGCGCCUAUCCCCAGUCUCGGCUGCCGAGCUCCUCCUCCCAAAGGACGUCCCGGUGCCCCAUCUUCUGUCCAUCCCGACUCCCUCGUUGACAUGAGCAGCUCCAGCGGCCACCAGUCCUUCUUCGACGUCGUGCGAAACGUCGUCAAGACCUCCAACCCGCAGCUCUACAGAAAACUCUCAAAGUCCGACGAGCCACGGACCUCGACGGCUCUCGAGUUCACCUCGGGCUACGACACCCGAAACUACGAUGAGAGUCACUCGCGGGACCGCAAACGCAUGUCCAUCAUCCAGUCGGUCCUGCUGGUUGUGAUACUGGCUAUCACGCUUGUUGCCACCUUCCUGCCCCAUUGGUUCAUCUACGCCGGCACCAUCCAGUCCCCGGAUACGAGCAACCAACCGCGGCCGUUCCAGGAAAACGUCGGGCUGUACCAGACUUGCUACUACAACUACCUCCAGGAAAAUGCAUGGGAGUGCUCGCCCUUCCUCUCGUUCAGCUGGAAGCUCUGCAACGACUACGGUCCCACCGCCAACGACACGGAUCCCAACGUUGCGUUUUUGAAGGCCAGCGCCGAGGCCUCGUGCAAGGGGCUCAAGGCCACCGGCGGUCUGGCCAUCACCAGCGCUUCCCUGGCCCUGCUCGCUCUGACCGGGACCAUUUACAACAUCAUCGGCAAGUCCCGGAUCCGUUUGGUCUACAGCCUCUCGUUUUGGCUCGCCAACUUGUCAUUUUUGUGUCAGCUCACGGCCUUCUUCGUUGGAUACAAGGCCAACUGGGAUCUCCAGUACGACGGCGGAUUCACAGGCACGGUGGCAUCGCUCGGGGCAUCCUUCUUCAUGUGGCUUGUCAACAUGAUGCUGAGCUUUUUCCUGCUCAUGUUCAUGGGCUUUGUCUGGCCACGGCUCGAUGCCUAGGCCAGGAAGCAUCUGUCGAGUCCCAUUCGGACGGCUUCUGUCGUCCGCCUUCCUCCUCCCCCUGAUCAUGAGGAUGGCCACUGUCGUAAUAUACACUUCAUCAAUUCCAGCAAUCA